AUGCCCAAAGCACCGACCAAUGGGUCUACUCGACCUGCUCUGAGGAGGAACCAGGCCUGUCGAUCGUGCAGAAGGAGAAAACUGAAAUGCGAUGCUGCUCGCCCACACUGUGGAACCUGCGUCAGGCAAUGGCAAGCCCUGGUCAGCGUACCAGCACCCGUGGGCUAUGCCCAUCCGACCGAACCACAAUGUUCCUAUGACCCUGUGGAGGGGCUAACACUCGCCCCGGAUACAAAUCCAGUGGAAAAAAUAAAAGAGUUGGAGGAACAAAUCACGCAACUAAAAGAACGACUCCUCGCACAAGAACGGUCUGUCUCUCCCCAACGGCACCCAAGCUUGCACAGCCAAUUGUCUGGUAACAAGCCAACCUUAGAGUCAGGCGGAAUCACUCUGCCGCAUGCCUCGUUGAACGAAUCAAUGAUCACCAUGAUGGGCGAUAGUCCUCCUAGCGGCCUGCGGAGCCACAAUGGCAGCCCCGAUAACAAUUGUCUCACACCCAAAUCUGGCUCAGUUCCUUUCAUGGAUCUCCUUUUCUCAGGUUGGAAUCCGGAUCUACCUGAACCAGCAGUCCUCAACCACUACAUCGACAUAUUUUUCCGAUGCGACCCAUGUGGUUCUCGAAUCCUACAUCGUCCAUCCUUCUUGGCUUCCAUGCAUCUUAGUCCAAAAGAUCCCGGAUUCCCUCAUUCGGCACUGUUGCACGCUAUAUGCGCUUCAGCAUCGCGAUGGUCGUCACAAAACGUGGUUUCUUUACCAGAUGGUACUCGACGCGAUCAGUUCGCUGAAUUCCACGCUGGCAAAACACGCCAAUAUAUUGACAAGACCAUGGCCAGCGGAGAAGAUAUUUUCUCUGUCAUGCAAGCAUGCAUUCUUCUAUCGUGGUAUUUUUACCAAGAAGGUCGAUGGGUGGAAGUGUGGAUCUUUGCCAGCUUCCAGACACGUGUUGCAGUUCCACUGCGACUAAAUUAUCCUGGUACAUUCUCAACGCACGGUAACAACUCUCCUGGCGCGUAUCUAGCACCUCCGAAAGACUUCUUGGACUUAGAGUCAAGACGACGAACGUGGUGGAUGACCAUUGUCUUCGAUCGAAUCGCAUCAGUCGGUGGAUGGAUUCAUGCCGUUGACGAGAGAGACCUCGGUACAGAGCUCCCAUUACGGAAUAUCGAUUUCGAGUCAGAGGUUGCGGUGCCGAGCAAUCCCCAGGACUUGUCUACCCCUGAUAUCUUCACCCGGCAUCCGCCUCAGUAUACAGACUCUUUCAUCCUUCUAAUUAAGGCCAUCAUGCUUUUCGGCAGAGUCACGGACUACAACGUCCGCGGGAACUUGCGAGCUCCCACAGCGCCCAGCAAAAACCAAAACCCAUUUUACCUGGAAGGUUUCGAAGCGCUGGACAAGUUGGUCGCUACGGAUUUCCUGGAUAGCUUACCGCACAUUUUUAAGACCAAUAAUGGCGUGACCGAUGCGCCCGAGGGCAGCUCAUUGGACACAGAUCUUUACAUGGUCCAUAUCAUACCCCAUGCUGCUACCAUCACCCUUCACAACCCAUACUUGGAUUUCACGGAUCCAAACAAUGUCUCUUCUUCGAGAUGUGUGAACUCAGCUCGCUGUAUUCUCGCUGCGUAUUACAUGCUUUCAGCCACCUCACUUGACAUCACUAGGCUUCAUCCAUUCGUGACGAUCUGUUGGUACCUCGCAGCCGUUGUCCAAGUGCAACUAUGCAAAUACUUCAUAGAAAUCGGAGAUACCGAUAGAGAAUCGACGGUAUGGGGCGAAAUCAAUGUUCUCAGAUUUGCGAUGCUCGAGUAUGGGAAACGCUCACCGAUUGGCACCCGACAGGAGCGUUUACUGCAAGGGCUAAUGCGUGAGAUUAUACGCAUGACAGCUCACAAGACACCUCUUGAGGUUGGUGUGCCGUUGUACCCGUUCUCUCAUACGACACUGUUCAGAAAGGACGGGUCAGCAGGCGCCUCGCCGGACAGCGUUUCCAGCCUAGCCCCGCUACCGCAAGCAACGCCCCCUAUGGCGAAUAUCCCGCCCAACCUUUCACGGCCAGCAUCUUCUACGUCCAGCUGGGGGUUGGCUGGAUCACCCGGUGCCUCACAGUCCAGCACGCUUCCUGGACAACCGCCGCUAUUCUAG